AUGGAACCAAAUAUAUCAAUAAUUUCCAAUCCUGCUGUCUCUAUAUCUUCAAAGCAACAGCAACGCAAAGCGGGCAGAACUUAUCGCCCCCCUCAGUCCUGCGCCCUUUGCAGAAACCGAAAGUAUGAUGCAUCCUCUUCACGAAUAUCACUGAUCAUCACUGACCUUUCCUGAGAUUGAAAUGCGACCGGAAAGAACCAUGUGCAAAUUGUAUCACUCGGAGAGAAACAUGUAGUUAUGCUGGUUCUCGGAGGCCAGUUCGAGGCGCUAGUACACCUAAUAUCCGACCUCAGCAUGUUGAGAGCAUGCAGGAGAGAAUAGACCACUUGGAGAGUCUUGUUAAGAGAAUUGCUUCCCGAGAUGUACCCAAGAAUCCCAUAAAAGAUCCUUGCAUCAAGACGAAUGGAACCACACAUCAAAAUGGAACUGAAUACACGGUAGCUAGAGCAGACGAGAAUAACUCAACUGAUGAGAUUCGACAUGGUGUAGGAGUGAUGAGAGUAUCUCAAGAAAAAUCUCAGUACAGAGGCAGUACUCACUGGGGAGAUGUCUUUCAAGAAGUAAGCAUCUUAUAAAUACCUCAUCCAAGCUAUCCUAACAUCCACGCAGCUCAACGAGCUCAAAAAUGUGUGGGCUCGCGUUCAGGAAGAUCCUGGAGACCCAGACUUUUUGAAUCUCGAUACUUCAUUUUCUAGCUCUAUCUCUGUUGCUAAUGGGGCCCCGUUACUGUACUCAGGCUUCAAAUCCUCAACUUUUCACGAAAUUCAUACGUCAAUACCAGAGAGGCCAGUUUUAGACAAACUAAUUGACCGAGUAUUUGAUGAGUAUGACUCUCCAUUGACCGCGCUUCGUAAGUCUUAUUGUAAAGAAGAGCCGUCGAAGCACAACUGACCGUCUAGAUAGACUGUCUCCACAAACCUACAUUCAUGCAGGAGUAUGAAGCCUACUGGGCCAAUCCAGAAGAAACAAAAGUUAUGUGGGUUGGAAUGCUAUUUUCAUUGAUGGCUUUGGUCAUGCUUUCGUAUCAUCUGAUGGAUGAGGAACCUCCAGAAUAUGAAGGACUUUCGGAGGGCAUGUUUGAUGUAUACAGCCUCAGAACUGCACAGUGCUUAGCGUUGGGCGAUAUCACAAAAGGUGCUCCGUACACUAUGGAGACAUUGCUGUUUUAUGGGAUUGGAGAACAAGCUCGGAAAAGUGAUGGUGGAACUGGUGUUUGGAUUAUGUUUGGAACCAUUAUUCGCGUGGCCCAACAAAUGGGCUACCACAGGGAAGUCUAGUCCCACAGAGCUUGUUAAACACACUAACAGAUCUUAGGGAUCCUUCACAAUACCCCGAAAUCUCAAUUCUCCAAGGAGAAAUGAGGCGUCGAGUAUGGUUCUUUAUAGUCCGCCUAGAUUCCGUGCUAUCGUUUCAGACGGGCUUGCCUGGAAUGGUUCGAGCGAAUACUUAUGAUACGGCAGUCCCACGGAAUCUUUACGACUGGGAUCUAUCCGAAAGUAUGACCAAGUUGCCGCCUUCAAGACCAAGUACUGAUUCAACCCCGAUAAUAUUUCUCCUUUCGAAGGACGGUAUUUUGCUCGCACUUGGCAAGAUUGUAGAUUUUCUCUGUGCUCUUGGACCUUACUCUUAUGAUAGAGUUCUUGAGUUGGAUGAUGAACUGUCACUAGCGCAAUCUCAGCUACCCGUAAGUAUAAAUCUUCUCUUCUCCUCAUCAUGUUAUAUCCAAAGCCGACAAAGUACCUAGCCAUAUCUACACAUGCGUCCAUUAGAAGACUCCAUGAACGACCCCAAAUCCCUCAUCGGCCGAAGAGUCCAACUAGAAAUGCUCUUCCACCAAGGAAUGUGUGUCCUGCAUCGAAAAUUCAUGGUCCAAGGCCGAAUCGACGGUCGUUUCGCGCCCUCUCGAAGACGCUGCAUUCGUUCCGCCAUGGCACUAAUUUCCAUCCAAGGGAUUCUCUACCAGGAAGCUCGCGGGACGGUCAAUGAUAAAAUACGCUUUACACGACAUUGGUACCGGUUCUCGUUCACCAGUCAGGACUUCAUUCUUUCCGCCAUGAUCUUAUGCUUGGAUCUGCGGUCCACGAGGGUUUCUGUCCCUGGUGCGCGUCUGGAAGCUGGCCUGGAGCUCGAGGAAGAGAAGAAGAUCGCUGCUAUCAAGACGGCGUUUCGGAUCUGGGAGUAUGCGCAGAAGAGCCUGCCGGAGGUGAGUAAAGUGUACCGGGUUCUGUGUUAUAUGAUUGAGACGCUUGGGAUUGGGGACCAGGUUGGACUACAACCAGCCUCCAACUCGGAUGCAGAUGCCAACCAUAUCCAUCCUGCGUUGCUCCAUGAUGAGCAAACCCAUCUUCAUGUGCCGGAGUUUGAAAUUCUUGGUUCGGGAGAUGGUAUGAAUAUUGAUUGGGUAUCACUUUCUUCUGCAUCCCUUUUUUAUUCCUUGAUUCCCCCUUUCUGACUUCCGAAUAGGGCAUGUGGGAUUCGUUCUUGGAUGGUAUGAGUUUUGAUGAUGCUUUUGGGCCGGUGCUUAGUCCACCUACAACCAAUUAAUUAGUAUCCUGUAAAUUGCAAUACUGAUAGAAAGAAAC